AUGGACGACGAGUCUGCCAUUGUCACGCCCAGAAUGCUGGUCCCCCCGCCCUCCCCCUCGCUCCGGGUUUCGGCUUCGGCCAGUCCAAUGGAAAGAUCCCUCAGCGAGAAUAUUCGGGAAGAAAGGGAGGAACUGCGUGAAGCGGCCGAGCAGACCCUCAAUGCCAUCAUGGACUUGAACAUGGAUGGCACUAUCCGAUGGGUUAGCCCUUCGUGGGUGGAUGUCAUCGGCACUCAGCCUGACUCUGUUGUUGGCACCCCUAUCGCAAACCUCAUCGUGAGUGACAACAAGAAUAUUUUCGCAGAUGUGGUCGAGAGCAUGAGACAGGAUGAUAGACGAAGCCAAUUCAUUCGGUUUGUGGUCAAUCUGGGCCCCUCCUCCAAGCUCUGGCCCGUCGACGUGCCCAAGGCCCCCCCAGAAGAGCCCGCCCAAGCUGUGGCUAUCGACAUAGAAGCACAAGGUAUUAUGAUUUACAGCGGGGCCUCUGGUGGAGAGAGUCAUACCAUGUGGAUGAUUCGACCAUGGGUUGCCCCGCGCGAAAUCAAAAUUGACCUCCCUAGAGUGAUAGUGGAAUCACUGGGGUCUGGUGCUGAGGUUCUUGCUAGUUACCUCACCCAGUUGGCCGAGACGGGUGUGGAGGAUCCAGCCCAACACCCACCUCCCCUUCCUGUUCUUUGUCGAAUAUGUGAGCGCCAAAUCUCGCCAUGGUGGUUUGAAAAGCACACAGAACUCUGCUUGCAGGAACAUCGAGCCGAAAUGGAUGUUCAGAUGGCCCAAGAAGCUCUCACGGAACACCGUCAUGCAAUUGUAAAGGUGCUGGAUGCACUUGAAGCACGGCAGAGCCGGUCAAUGACAGGAGAGCAAUCGAGUUUGCCCGUGGCUGAAUACAAAGGUUUACCCAUCGGUCCUCCCCCAUCCUCGAACUCGUCUCCAGGCAGCGGCUCGCCAGUCCCCGGUGCUCGAUCGCGUGACCGCUCUUCUGGCUUUGGGCAUACACGAAAUCGGUCGUUUGCAGUUCGCAGACCGCAGGCGAGAAUAGUUGAACUGCUGCUCGAUCUCUGCGAUACGGCUCUGGAGAUCAGCACACCAGCACUCAAGGAUAACUCAGCCAAUCAGGCUGCUCUUGGCGAGUUUCGCACCCAAUCUCCCCAAUCUGAGAGCAGGAUUGCUCAAGUAAUGCAGUGGGAGACGCCUACAACGAACACGCUGGAACAAGAACAGGGUCUUGCACUGCUCUGUUCUGACACCGAGCAUGUUGUUAAGCGCAAGGUCGAUGCUGUCCAGCGUCACCGUAGGAUUUUGGAGUAUUCUGAGCGCAUCCGCAUCGAAUUUGCCUACAUGGUUCAAGACUGCAUCGAUGCUGCCAUGCGCAAGGCUGCUAAGAUAGCGGCAGGUCGUUUGAGUGACUCGACAGAAGAGGAGGAGGAGGAAGACAUCGAGAUGCCACCAGUAAUUGAGGAAGGUGUCUUUGCUGGCUCUUUUGAAGACCCUUCUGCCCUGGAGCUGGCUCUUGAAAAGGCUGACAUUGAAGAAGACCCCGACAAGCGAAGACUGUCGAGGAUGCUGCCGUCUCCACGAUCUGCGAGCCCCAAAGAGUGCCCAACACCCCGAUCGACCCGUGGCGUCGGGGGUACUAUUACGGGGCCAGCUCACUCCCGUCGUGGUUCGAUGAUAUUGGAAAGCGAUGCGUGCGACAGUGACGGCAGCCUGCUGUCUUCCGUUGCUACCAAGCCCCCACAGCGGACAGAUUCUCCCAUGUCCGAGUUUGGUGAUUUGCGCAGACACGCAAGUCAAAAGAAGCACAAACGCAGGAGUUUGAUCCUGCCUGGCGCCGUGUCUCCGCGCAGGCAAGAAUCGCCCUCGAGAGCAGGGCAUCCUCCUUCGUCACCGUUACGCAUCCAUAAGCCUCGGAACCUGGCAUUCCCUGGUGUGGACACUGCAGUCGUCUCUCCCGAAGCCUCUCCAAUGUUGCCAAGCAGCGAAUUUACAUCGCCGAACGCACACCAUACAUACCAUCAUCGGAGGCAAUCGUCAACGGCAGUUCCCAUGAUGCCACUUGAAGGGGGACCAGCCAAGCCGCCUCCUUCUCCUCGUUUAAGCGCUGUGGUCGGUGGGCCACAGGCUAAAGCAGUUGCCCCGUCAAUCAAAGACUUCGAGAUCAUCAAGCCUAUCAGCAAGGGCGCUUUUGGUAGCGUCUAUCUGUCCAAGAAGAAGUCCACUGGGGAGUAUUUUGCCAUCAAAGUCUUGAAGAAAGCUGACAUGGUGGCCAAGAAUCAGGUUACCAACGUCAAAGCCGAGAGAGCAAUCAUGAUGUGGCAAGGAGAGAGCGACUUUGUUGCCAAGUUAUACUGGACCUUCUCGAGCAAAGAUUACCUCUACCUGGUCAUGGAAUACAUGAAUGGAGGCGACUGUGCGUCUCUGAUCAAGGUCUUGGGCGGUCUGCCAGAAGACUGGGUUAAGAAGUACAUUGGCGAGGUCGUCCUGGGAGUUGAGCAUCUGCACAGUCGAGGCAUCGUACACCGCGAUCUCAAGCCUGACAACCUGCUGAUUGAUUCCAAGGGUCAUCUCAAACUAACAGAUUUUGGCCUGUCGCGCAUGGGUUUGAUCGGUCGGCAAAAGCGGGCUCUCAACAGCGGUGCUGAGGCAGCCCCUGAUAUUCUCAAGCACGGCCCGUUUGCUCGCUCGGCUUCCAUGGCCUCAUCUCGAUCCACGUCGAUGGACCUCCAUGGCCGAAGCCAUUCGCCUGGAUCUACUCCGCUUAUGACGCCGAGCGACUGUUACCCGUCGAGCUUGGGUCAGCCGUCAUGUUUUACCUUGGGCUCCCUUUCUCAGGAACCUCGUCGUGUGUCCGCGCAGCGCAGCGAUAGCAACGGGAGCGAGGCUCUGACACACAUGAUUAGCGGGCUGUCUUUGAAUGAAAGUCACAACAACUCACAGGCCGUCUUGUCCCCGCCAGAGGGCGGCGAAACGGAAGCCGCUGGCUCACCCGACCUCGUUGCGUUGUCCCAACCAUCUACUCACAACAGCGUGGAAUAUAGCAAAGAAACCUCCGCGCAGUCUUCCAUGCCCCCACCGAAUUGGGCAUUGUUUGACCCUGAGGACACCAACCGCCGGUUUGUGGGCACGCCGGAUUACCUGGCCCCUGAGACCAUCAAGGGUGAACCCCAGGAUGAGACCAGUGACUGGUGGUCUGUUGGGUGCAUCAUGUACGAAUUUCUCUACGGCAUCCCUCCUUUCCAUGCGAGCACUCCGGAUGAGGUUUUCGAAAAUAUCCUGGCUCGUAGGCUUCACUGGCCUCCUGAGGACGAGGAUGAAGUCUCUCCUGAGGCCAAGGAUCUCAUCAAUAAGCUUCUAUGCAUGGAUCCUCAGCAGCGACUAGGAGCAAAUCGUGAUGAGAAGUUCAAGUCUGGUGGCGAAGAAAUUCGCAGCCACCCCUGGUUCAAGGAUAUCAACUGGGACACCCUCCUUCAGGACGAAGCGCAGUUUGUUCCGAAUGUUGAGAAUCCCGAGGACACCGAGUACUUCGACUCCCGGGGUGCAACGCUGCAAAACUUCGCAGAUGAGAUUGAAGACCAAUCUUCCACAGCGACACCCCCUGUCGCCGACUACAUUGAUCGUCCCCAUGAUGCUCUCUCACGUGCCAGGGCACCCAUUGGAACGCCAAAACGCUCGAUGCCAUUGCACAUUCCCCCGCAUGUGCGGGACUUGAAGAGCAGACGUCUGAGCGAGCCUGUUGCUGCCGAUGAUUUUGGCAACUUCUCUUUCAAGAACCUGCCAGUGCUCGAGAAGGCCAACAAAGAGGUAAUCCAGAAACUCCGGACCGAAGCUCUGGCCGCACAGAAUAAGCCCAUCACCCCUGGAGGACUAGGAAGCCUCACGUCUCCUGGACCAGGUACCCUCGAAGGAAGCCCGGUUAUUAGUAAUCCGGUUCAGCGAACGUUAUCGAAUGCAAAGGCUUCUCAACGACCGCAAUCUCCUGGCAGUGUCAGCCACGCCAACUCCUCCCCUAGCAGAGUUUCGCAGCCUUCAUCCCCGCUUCUUGUCUCGUUCCAUGCCCCAACGACGAUAGAGAAUAGACGUAAAACAGCAAGCAAUGACGCCAACACUGCCCUGCCGUCUGGGAACUCGCUGCAGCCGGGCACCUUUAUCGAGGUUGCUCGCGUCCCUCCCAGUCUUCAGAAGGCCGCCACUACCAUUGCUGCAGCUUCUCCUGCCAGAGGCCGUGGCCAGGCUCCCCAGCUGCCAUCAUCUCCUCAAAGGACUGUUCCGUCCCAGCUAAUUACUACUCCCCGUCAUGGGGGUGGCCCUGCUGGUGGCCGAUCUCGCUCCUUGACUGUUGGUUCCCAGGAAGGUAGUCCUAUUGCUGCAGAUAGCCUGAUGGCCCAUCACCGACACCGUCGCAGCCAGCUCUUUGACAUGUCGCCGUCUUCCUCGGACAAUGAAGGAGACAAGGCUGCCUUGCUAAGGGUGCAACGACGCCGUCAGAGCUCCAGGAGAAUGUCGACUAUCUCGACGGCAGAUGCCUCUGCUUUCCGUGAAGGCCCCACCUUCCGACCAUUGGAUGUCCUCAUUUGUGAUGACCAUCCGGUCUCCCGGAUGGUCAUGGAGAAGCUGCUUGAAAAGUUGCGGUGCCGCACAAUCUCAGCUGCCACGGGCAGUGAGGCUCUCCGUUAUGCCAUGAGCGACAUCAAGUUUGAUAUCAUCUUCCUUGAAUACAAACUCCCUCAGCUCACUGGCUCUGAUGUUGCCCGCAUGAUACGAGAUACUAAGAACACCAAUACUCAUACCCCUGUGGUCGCUAUCACAUCUUAUUUGAAGGAACUGCCUGCACCUCAGUACUUCGAUUCUCUGGUGGAGAAACCCAUUAGCUCAUCCAAGCUGACAGAGGUGCUGAGCACACUCUGCCACUGGAAGCCUGCUCCCUCUGCCCAGACCACUACCAGCUCGUCAACCUUGGCGAUGCCGCAUCCUGCCACAGCUACCCUACGCCAAGCAAGCCUGCGUGCCGAGUACAGUCCAAGUACAGCUUCGGCCUCAUCCGGAUACGCGUUGCAGUCCAACAGCAGCUUCCGGGAGGAUUCAGUCACUUCUAGUGUCUAUGGCGAUUCGGAAUCGGUCGCAACGGAUGAUAUCCCAGUGCUCAUCAGCCGAAAGGCUACAAGCGACUGGGAUGAGAACGGACUAGGCAUUACAGGCCCCGAUGAUCAGUCUAUCCAGUCUUCCAAUAACAAUACAGUGUCGCUCCCGUCACAUCCUCGCCUCUACGCACAACAGUCUGCUCCGGCUCAGAUGGAGCAUCCUGUUCCCCUGCGAAGCAACAAGAUCUCUAGCCCACAUCAUCCGUCCUUAGAUAAAUUCCGCUCUAAGCGUGAUUCCAUAGAGAGACGUCCGGGUGAGGGAAGCGUCGACUCGGCAGACGACGAAGAUGAAGAGUUUGGCGGCACAACCAGUGGCUUGGGUGUGCUGGUAUCAAGUGGCCAUCCGAGCAACAGCAGCGGUAGCUGCAGCACUCCCGGAUCUCCACUGAGCAUCGCUAGCACGGCGCAGGCACAGUAUCGCAGCAAGACGGUGUUACCGUCGUCGAAGCUGGCCAUUGAGAUGAUGAGGGCUAACAGCCAUGACAGUGUCCCCACUCCAGCUGGCGAUAAAGCUGAGAUUGGGGCUUUUCGUGAUGAAGCGAUCUAUGCUAGCCCGAAGGGUUCGCCUGACAGCACUGAUAGCACGGUAGGGCCCGCCACGGCGAUUGAGGUAGCUACAGUUGCGGCACGGGAUGUGACCGAGAAAACUCUGGAUCAGCAGACGGCGUGGCCUAAAGAGGCACAACAGCAACAGCAGCAGGAACAGGAGCGAGAACCGGUGAAGGUUCCUACGCUUCUAGAGCGAAGCCCAGCUACUGCGGCUUUGACCACGCCAUCUCUUACUGCGAUGACUGUAGAAGAUGAUCGGAGCCAGAAUGUCGUGGCAGCUACCAUCAUCCUCAGCCCUCCGUUACCUGCGCCUGCAGCUGAAGCAUCAACCCCAGUCCUCCACAGCAAGGCAGAACAGAUUGUGUCUGCCGAAGAAGAAGUGACUCCCCGUCCGCCAGCUGUGACAACAUUAGUCCAGGGAGAUUUUGUCGAUGACGAUCCCACACCGAGACGGCCGCCUGUUCGGACAGUGGACCGGGAUAAUGAUAUGUCGCCUUUCCCUGGGGCGAUUUGA